ACAGUUGUGUGUUUUUCCUAUGCUAUUUGAAAGUUGAAUUUAAGUUAACAACAAUGCCACGACGACGUCGAUUACGUUGCAAGGUAAAACCGCUGCUUGCCGCCGACAACGAGGCGAGUCAAGAAGAGCAGCAGAACGAGAGUAGAAGCGAUGAGCCGGAUGCAACCACAGAGAUUCAAUGCAUGCCACUCUCAGUGCCAGCAUCAGCCAGUGACUGGGAGUAUCGGCUCUUUCCCGAAAUGCACAAUCAGUUGCCCGGCCUGCCCACAUAUACGGAUAUCUUUGGCCAGCACUCGGAUGUCAUCUGCCAGGAGAGUCGGCCAAGUGUGUCAGCUUCCGUUUUAACGGACAUCUUUGGCAUUCUGGGCUUGACGGCCAAGUUGCGUGCGAAUCGAAGUCAGGUGAAUGAUGUGCGAUUGGCCACCGGCGAGGAUCUGACCACGUAUGGUCUGGAUCUGGCCAGUCAGGGUGACAUCUACAUCCAUUUCAAUGGACCCUUCACACAGCAGCCGGCCUGCUGCAGCUCCGCCCACUCUGCCCUGGAGCUCGGCAUGCGGGGCAUGAGAGAUGCGAUGGAUUACCACACACAUAAGCCGCCCAUUUGGGAUCCAUUUGUGCCCGAAACACGGAAUCUGGGCCUGCUGCUACCCUUGCCGAGAACAUAUCCCUAGUUUGAUGUCAAUGUUUGGCAACCUUUCAAAUUGCUGUUCUGUUUUUGUUUUGUUUAAUUGUCCACCAGCAAAAUAUACUUGCCUUUCAUUAA